AUCACUUUGACUUGCUUGACUUGAAACCAGAGGCGAGGUUUAGGGUUUGGGGAACAAGACCAGGAAGCUGCAUCCACUGAUAAGACAGAAAACAUAUGUAGUUUAAAAUAACGUGUCUUUUAAAAACCUUAUUUCUCUCUUAGAAUUGAGUUUAGCUUCGGUUUUCCGUGUGAAUAUCUGCCUGUUGGUCCCCACUAGGACUAUACUGUAUGGUGUGUGGCCGUACACACCCUAACUCCUGGAUAUGGCAGGUCUCUGGGGUCUCAAGAUCCUGCUGCUCUGUGCUGGGAUCAUCGGUUUGGCCAACUGCCAAGAUGGAGAUCAACCUGCAGGUCAACCAAAUAUAGCACAAGGUGCAAAUACAACAGCACUCUCACCUCCACGCACCUCCCAAAAUUCCACUUUACCUUCAGUAACCAGCUUAUUGGUCACCACCUCAACUCCACGCACCAUGACAACAACUACUGUCAUGUCUUCAGACACCUCAACAACUGCCCACAAACCUCCACUCACCACGCCAGCCCUCACCUCAAACUCCUCAAUUCAAGCACUCAACGCAACUAACAUGUCUGCCACUCCUGCUCCUCCUGCAAGCACCUUACCCUCACCUUCACCCUCACCCUCAACCACACCCUCAACCACACCAAAAUUAGACUCUCAGGCAAACACCACUCAAUCCCAGACUUCACCUCCAAUCACCAUUUCCAUCACUACAGUGACUGCCACCAAAGCCACCACACCAGCCCCUCCACAGUGUUCUUACACUGUCAAAGCCAUCAGGUUUGGCUUCCAGAUUGACAUGAUGACCUCUACUACUGGCAACUACACAAUAAACAUUAAAGAAAAGGACGGUCCAAAGACUGAAGAAAAAUUCACCGUUCAUUCCUUCAUUCAAAACUCCAAACAUGAAAUCAAAGACCUGAAGCCCUGUACUGAAUAUGAGCAUAAUGUGACAUUUAUUGAUAGUGCUGGCAAUGUAACAUCCUGUAACAACACUGAAAAUAAAACACAGACAAUUACAAUAAGUGAAGGUGACAUUAGUGAAGGCAGCUGCAAGCCUGGAUACGUUUGUUACCGGAGUGAUUGGGACAUCAGCUCUUCACUAUUUUCAUCAAAUAAUAUUCCAGCUGAGAAAUGCACAAAUGGCAGUACAUUUUUCUGUAUCAAACCUCGUUACGAUGACAUUUGCACAGAUUUGACUACAACCUUCACUUCAGAAACCUGUUUGGGUUCCUUUAACCUCACCAGAAGCAUCACUGUUGAUUCCUUAGAUCCUGAAAUAAAUCAGAAGUUUCUAAAUGAACUUCCUGUAAAAAUAGAAUCAAUAACACCAAAAUUACCUCCAAACUGCAGCAAUCUCACCAUUGAUUACACCUGUUGGGAAAAUGGAAACCUCAAUCACACCAAGAAGCUGUCUGAGCUGGAGCCCUUCACAGAAUACAGCUGUAAUGGUCAGAUCAAGGAAAACAACGUCACCAUUAAAAACAAAAAAACUGCUGUCAACUUCAAGGGUGACUGUGAUCUUACAAUAAAUUACAUAAAGGAGAGUGCAACCAAUACCACUAGUACCUCCAUUUAUCUGAAAUGGAGCACGACCAGUAACAAUUGUCAAGAUGUCCUUCCUAAUCUUCAGAAGAAUCUUUCUUACGACUGCAGUUGUACUCCCUCAAAUAAGAAACAAAGAAGUACAACUAAAAAACUACCAUCAGGAGGAACAUGUAAUAUUACUGGACUGGAACCAUUCCAAGUCUAUACCUGUGUAGUCCAACCCAAAUACAACGACAAGAAAGUUCCCGAACAAAAGAAGAGAGUUACAGAGGAGACUAAGAGUGGAAAACCAGAUGAUAUAGAUAAACUGUUGGUGGCAGUUCCAGAGAAUAAUGUGAUAAGAGUAACCUGUGGUCAUAGCAAUCGUUUUAACGGACCUCAGAAAAUAUUCAGUGCAAUUCUUCUUUAUGCUGGUGUCAUUCAGAAGAACCUGACAAAAGAAAAAGAAUGCGAUUUUGAAUUCAAAGAUCUAAGCUACUCAACGGAAUACAAACUGGAGGUGACUGCUUUCAACGGACAUUUUCGCAGCAACCCCAAGAAAGAAUCUGUUACCACUCACUAUAAUGACAAAGCUGUCAUUGGGUUUCUGGUCUUCCUCAUCAUCAUCGUGUCUGUGGCUCUGCUUUUGGUCGUCUACAAGAUUUACAUUCUGAAGCGCACAAAGUCCCAUGACCUGGGUGAAAACAUGAUGCUUAUCUCAACAGCAAAUGAUGAGGAGAACCUGCUGCCUGUCGAGCCAAUUGCAGCAGAGUUACUGCUGGAAGCCUACAAGAGGAAGCUCGCAGAUGAGGGAAGACUUUUCCUGCAUGAGUUUCAGAGCAUCCCCAGAAUCUUCUCGAGGUACAGCGUGAAAGAGGCCAAAAAGCCCUGCAACGUCCCCAAGAACCGCUACGUGGACAUCCUGCCAUAUGAUUAUAACCGCGUCCAGCUGACCACCGGAAAUGGAGAGACAGGAUCUGACUACAUCAAUGCCAGCUUCAUUGAUGGGUACAAGGAAUCCAAAAAGUACAUUGCAGCUCAAGGGCCGAAGGACGAGACUGUCAGUGACUUCUGGAGGAUGGUCUGGGAGCAGCAGUCCUCUAUCAUUGUAAUGGUAACACGCUGUGAAGAGGGAAACAGGGUCAAGUGUGCGCAGUACUGGCCGUCUCCAGACCGGGAGACAGAGAUCUUUGCGGAGUUUAUAGUGAAGCUGAACUCAGAGGACCACUGUCCAGAUUACACCAUCCGCCAUCUCAGCCUGACUAAUAAGCGGGAGAAGAACUCAGAGAGGGAGGUGACCCACAUCCAGUUCAUGAGUUGGCCGGACCACGGCGUCCCAGGGGAGCCACAUCUGCUCCUGAAACUGAGGCGGCGUGUCAAUGCUUUCAAGAAUUUCUUCAGCGGCCCCAUCGUCAUUCACUGCAGCGCGGGAGUCGGCAGGACAGGCACCUACAUUGGCAUCGAUGCCAUGAUGGAGGGUCUAGAGGCAGAGGGCAGAGUGGACAUCUACGGUUACGUAGUCCGACUACGCAGACAGAGAUGUCUAAUGGUUCAAGUAGAGGCCCAGUACAUCCUGAUUCACCAGGCACUGCUGGAGCACAAUCAGUUUGGAGAGACUGAGUUCACUGUGUCUGAGCUCCACAGCACACUGAGCACGCUCAAACAGAAGAACCCAGGCAAUGAACCCACCUUAAUGGAGGAGGAGUUUGAGAGACUCCCAUCCUAUAAAAACUGGAGGACAUUCAACACAGGGAUCACAGAAGAGAACAAGAAGAAAAAUCGCUUUUCAUCUGUCAUCCCAUAUGACUACAACCGAGUGUUGCUGAAGGUAGAUGAAGGACGCAGUCAUGAUAGUGAACCCGAUGAGGAAGACGAGGACGAGUCAUCAGAUGAGGAGGAUGAGGAGUCCACUCAAUACAUCAAUGCCUCCCACAUAGAUGGAUACUGGGGCCCACGCACCUUCAUCGCAGCACAGACUCCGCUGCCAGACACCAUGGCUGACUUCUGGUUGAUGGUUUACCAGAAGAAAGCAUCUACUAUUAUCAUGCUCUCAGACUGCAAAGAAGGAGAUCAGGAGUCUGACUGUGUCUACUGGGAUAAAGACAAGAAAACAUUUGGGGAUUUUGAGGUGGAGGUGGCAAGCACGGACACCUCCCCAACUUUCAUCAGCCGCAACAUGCUGAUCCGUCAUGUCAAGAGGAAAGACAGUCGGCCGGUGAAACAUUUCCAGUUCCUGAAGUGGGCGAGCAGCGAGCUUCCACAGAGUCCUCAAGAUCUCACGGACAUGAUUAAGGACAUAAAACACAGCUGUGGCAGCAAAUCACAGAAGACCAUGCCUGUCGUGGUCCACUGCAAUGAUGGCUCGUCCCGCUCAGGGAUUUUCUGUGCUCUGUGGAACCUGCUGGACAGCGCUGACACUGAGAAGCUGGUGGAUGUUUUCCAGGUGGUCAAAACCCUACGCAAGGAAAGACAAGGAAUGCUUUCCAGCCUGGAGCAGUACCAGUUCUUGUACGACGCUCUGGAGGGAGUCUUCCCUAUCCAGAAUGGGGAAGUGAAAGCAGUACAGGCCUCUGCAGCUGACUCUGUCCAGGUUGUCAAUGAAACCAAAGCAGCAGAGCAGCCAACAGAGGAAACGGCUAAGCAGCCAGCCAGCACUACCACCAAUGACCAGCAGGAGCCGGCAGAGAGCAGUCCUCUUGUGACUGAUGGAGGGAAUGAAGACAAAAAAGAGGAGCCUGAAAAAGUUUCCACAGAGACAACACCACUGGAGGACACCAGCAACAGUGCAACUGUCACUGUGGAGGUCUGAGAGGGCUGGCAGCUGGACGGCUGUGCCUUUUACAUUUGGGAAUAAGCGCUUCAGCUGAAUGCUUUCUUUUAAUUACUUUAUGAAUGUAUGAACAUUGUUAAGACAGUGUUGUUUUGGUUGAGAUUUGUUAAAGAAUUUGAUCAAAUAUUUUAAUGUCAAUGUCCAAAAAUAUGAUUUAAAUUAAGUUAUAAAUAUUUUAAUAGAAAAGGUUAAGGGUGCAAAUAUUAAGUUCUGUGAGCAAAGUUUACUAGAAAUGCUGUUGUCAAACUAGGGACCUUGGUAAGAGACAUCUCAGAACUACAUUUAAAAUAGUUGUUGUUUUAUAUCGCUCUAUAAAUGCAUGUUGAGUUUGAGUUAGUUUCUGCAUGUUUAUUCUCCCUAAAUAAGUCGAUGCUAUCGGAUGCUAACAUAUAUAUAUAUAUAUAUAUAAAUCUGGCAUAUUUGUUGUUAAAUUCAAAAUGUGUUAUGUGACAGUGUGUCAUUCAUUAAAAGAGACUUACAAAGAGACUC